AUGGAAGCGAAAAUUGAUGUCGUUCGCGAUCAAUCUAGUGAAGGCUCUGAUGUUCCGAAAAACGAACUCACGGAAAGUGAAAUAGAUAUUUCCAGGUCGCUCACAAAGGAUGUAGAAGUCGAUCUUUUGUCCGAAGAACAGGAGGACGUACUUAUUUCAAAACAAAUCCAAGCCCAGAACAGGAAAAAGAAAAAAUCUGGCGGUUUUCAAUCAAUGGGUUUAAGCUAUUCGAUCUAUAAAGCGAUAUUACAUAAAGGAUACAAGGUUCCAACACCAAUACAGCGCAAAACAAUACCAUUAAUUAUGGACGGGCGAGAUGUCGUUGGAAUGGCAAGAACGGGUUCUGGAAAGACUGCUGCAUUUUUGAUACCAAUGUUGGAAAAGCUAAAAGUUCACUCAGCAAAGGUUGGUGCGCGAGCAAUUAUAUUAUCUCCUUCGCGUGAAUUGGCAUUCCAGACUCGAAAAGUAUGCACGGAACUUGCUAAAUAUACAAAUCUGAGAAGUUGUGUAGUAGUUGGUGGUGACAACCUAGAAGACCAAUUUGAAAUGAUCACGGGAAAUCCAGACAUCAUCAUAGCAACUCCAGGACGUCUUCUUCAUUUGAUCGUGGAAAUGGAGAUGGAACUUAAGACUAUUCAAUAUAUAGUGUUUGAUGAGGCCGAUCGAUUGUUCGAAUUGGGAUUUUCCGUUCAAUUACACGAGAUAUUACAUAAGUUACCACACUCCAGACAAACCCUACUUUUUUCCGCCACCCUUCCCAAGUCACUAGUUGAUUUUGCAAAGGCUGGACUUCAAGAGCCUACUUUGGUACGACUGGAUGUCGAUACUAAAAUAAGCUCCGACCUGGAGAUGGCAUUCUUUUCCGUGAAACAAGCUGAAAAAGAAGCUGCUUUGUUAUAUAUCCUUCACGAAGUUAUUAAAGUGCCUACCGCCACCAAGUCAACUUCGGAGGUGGCCAACAACGUUUCGUCGCGCACCGAAGAAUUUACAUCAAUUUCGCAUCAGACGAUUGUAUUUGUCUCAACAAAACAUCAUGUAGAAUAUGUAGCCAAUCUUUUGUCCCUAUUUGGGCAUCAAGUUUCCUACAUUUAUGGUUCGCUCGAUCAGGACGCCCGGAAAAUUCAAAUCAACAACUUUCGAUGCGGUCAAACCAAUAUAUUGAUUGUGACGGAUAUUGCGGCUCGCGGAAUUGACAUUCCAAUUCUUGAAAACGUUAUCAACUAUGACUUUGUUGAUAGUAGCAAGAUUUUUGUCCAUAGAGUCGGAAGAACAGCCAGGGCUGGUAGACGUGGAUUCGCAUAUUCUUUGGUGACUCCUGAAGAGCUUCCCUAUCUGCUCGAUCUUCAGCUUUUCCUUGGUCGUCGCUUAUUAAUUGGCUCAUCAACCGCUUCAACACCUGAUUAUACUUCCGACAUAAUUGUUGGGCGCUUCCCACCUGAUUCUUUGGAUCCUUACAUCGAAUGGGUAAAAAGCAAACUGCAAGGAAUUCAUAAUCUUGAAUCUUUAUGUGAGGUCUCGAAAAAUGGCUACAAGCUUUUUUGCAGAUCCCGAUUAUCGGCUUCUCCGGAAAGUUAUAAGAGGUCCAAGGAAAUUAUGAUGAUGGAAAGUUACACUGACGUGCAUUUGCUUUUUGCAAAUCAAGUUGAUGCCAACGAAAGAAAUCGUUUAAACUUCAUAAAUUCUAUUUCAAAUUUUCGUCCGCAGGAGACAAUUUUUGAGAUAGGCAGUCACGGCAACCGAAAAGCAUCUUUGGCGGCCCGCAUAAUGAAAAAACAUAGAGAAACGGUGUCUAAGAAAAUAGAAUCUCAUAGGACCAUCGACCUUUUUGGGGCGGUUGAAAACUUGAACACGGGAAAUAAGGAAGAUGAGUUGAAACACAGUGACAUAACGAAGAAAAGAAAGGCGAGUGAUACCGUAGAAUCACGUAAAAAACCGAAAAAAGAACAAUUUCGUGAUGAUCAAUAUUAUAUUCCGCAUUAUCAAAAAGAUGCGAACACGGAAAGAGGAUAUUCCGUCAACCAAGGCACAUCGUUUGUUGAAGAAUCACGAAAGGCAGUCAUGGAUACUCGGGAUGAUGAACUCAUUGACAGUGCAAAUAAAAAGGGUGGAUUAAGAUGGGAUAACAAGAAAAAGACUUUUGUUCGAGGUGGUGGAAUUGGUUCUGACAACAAGAAACUAAUCAAAACUGAAAGUGGCGUGAAACUGCCGGCGACUUAUAAAAGUGGAAGGUUUGAUGCUUGGAAAAAACAAAAUAAAUUUGAAAUUCCACGUACUGGGGAGAAGGAACUUUCCUCGAAAAUUGUUGACAAUAAACGAUUUCGGCAUAAAAAAAUGACCGCACCGAAACCAUUGGAUCCCCUUGCAAAAGAUUAUGAAAAGAAAAAACGAAACCUUUUGAAAAAUACUGGAGAUAGAAAAUUAGGCAAUGAUAAAGAUUUAGGUAAUUUCAAUUCUAAUAAUGAGCUAAGAACGGUAGAGCAGAUCCAUAAACGAAGGAAAUUAAAGGAGAAACGAAGGGCAAAGAAUGCAAGACCCAGUCGAAGGGGAAAAUCAAAAAAAUGA